AUGGCACUAUUUGAAGAUUACCUAGAUAUAGAAGCGUUGGAAGAUGUACGGGAAAUAUCACAAGUUUAUGUUUGUGGUAUAUGUGAGGAGAUUUGCAACAGUUACUUAGAUCAUAAAUGUUUAAAAAAAUAUAAAAAUCAUCAUAUCGAUGAGAAUCAUUAUUGUUAUCCUUUACUAGAGGAUGGUGUUACAUUAAUCCGGCGUGCUUUAUUGGAAAAUGGACGUGAGGAACUUAUUACGGAGAAAAUUUAUUCAAUAAGUAAAGAAAACAACAAAACCUCUGGCAAUUUUCAAAUUCCUAAUUCCAAAAAUAAGAAGGUUAAAACAAAAGCGCAAUUUUCUGUAUCUCCAAAUAAACGAUUAAAUGAUACUGAAGUCGAGUUGUUAAUAAAUGAGGUGCAAAAAAGAGUCCCUCUGUGGAACCAUCAUGUUCCCCUCAAGGAAAGAAACCGAGAAGCUGUUUUAAACUUGUGGAAAGAGGUUUCAAUGGCAUUGAAAGGUAAGCUAGAUGCUGAAGAAUGUAAAAAAAAAUUUAAAUAUAUUCGGGAUACUCAUCGUAAAAUAAUACAAAAUGAAAACAAACCAAGUGGUUCAUCAAGGGUCGAUUCUACUGAUGAAUGGAAAUAUUACAGAUGUUGUGAAUUCCUACGAGAUACUUGCUUAAUUCGCCCAACUAGAACAAACGUAGAUGAACAUGCUACCGCUGGUUUUAAUAACGACGAAAGCUUUAAUAAUGAUUCAUCAAAUGCUGUGGACGACAGGUUUGACGAAAGUACUGACCAGGAUAAUAAAUCUGCCAAUACAAAAGGAAAAAAACGUCAGGAAAUUGCGGAUUCUGUAAAUGCAAUCAACCGUAUCGCUGAUAUUAUUAGUAAAGAUAAAACAUCAGUCGCUCUACCGGAACCGCCAAAAUUGGAUCAAGUUGGUGGAUUUUUGAUCGGUAUCGGCUAUCAGUUACGACAGCUACCAGAUGAUGUCCAAGUGCAAACCAUUAUUGAAAUUUUACAGUUGAUUCGAGAAAAAAAUAACCUAUACGUACAAAAUUAG